AUGUACUCUCACGUGCACACUCCCACGUACACACUCUCCACGACCACUCUCCCACGCACACUCUUCCACGACCACACACUCUCCACGCACACAUUCCCACGCACACACUCCCACGUACACACUCUCCACGACCACACUCCCACGACCACACUCCCACGACCACACUCCCACGACCACACUCCCACACACACACUCCCACGCACACACUCCCACGUACACACUCUCUACGACCACACUCCCACGACCACACUCCCACGACCACACUCCCACGCACACACUCCCACGUGGACACCCAAACGUGCAUGA